UAUAUCUGAUAAUAUGAGACUGGUAUUCCAAGGCUGUAGAAAUUUAAUUUUUUUUUUCUCUCCAAUGUGUACUUAACAGAAAGUUUCCAAGAAAAUAUUUCUUGCAUCCGCACGUGUUUAUUUCCGAAUCUUUUAUUCUCAAUAUUCUCUCUAAAGUUCGGCGGCAGUUGGCAGUUGGUAUGUCAAUAGAUUUCCAACAAUAAAACGAUGAGAGUAUAGAGAGGACAAUAAUAAUUCAACUUCGAGGGAGAGCGGUUCUCUGCGACUUUUCAAAAGCGAGUAUAGUAGUCGUGCAUUAGUUUUCCGCUACGAUCAAUGUUUCUAGAGUCACGGUGCAGCUGAUACUCUGUAAUACAUAUAUAAUAAUAAUGUUCUCUGAUAACAAGUCAUAAAAAAGCGGUGAUUCGAAUUAGAUUAUUUAUUUUUAUCAUUAAAUGAAGAAUGACAGUGCAUCAAAAUAAUUUUUUUUAAAAAAGUAUUUUAAUUUAAUUGACAAAUUAGAAUAGUAAUUGUUUUACUAUUUUUUUUUAUCUAGUCUUCAGCAAGUGAACAUAAUUUUCUCCAAAGGAGGUGAAUUCAUAAAUUAAAUAUCAUAUAAUAUUAUUUAAUAUAUUGUCGAAAUAGUGAAAUUAUUUGCAAUAAUGCAGAAUAAUACAAAAAUAAAAGAUAACAUUAUUUAUGGUCCACCGUAUGAAAAAGAAUUUCCCUAUGAAUCGAUUGGGGAAUAUUUUUUGGAAACCAUGGGAAAACAUGGUUCGUCAACUGCACUGAUAAAUAUGGAAACAGGAGAAGAAUUAUCACACAGAGAGGUUUUGGAGAAAAGUUUAAAAUUAGCGACAUAUUUAAAAAAAUUGGGACUACAAAUAAAUGAUCGAAUUGCCAUUUGUAGCGAGAAUAAUUUAAAUUUUAGCAUUGCCGUAUUAUCGAGUAUUUUCCUUGGUACAACAAUUUGUCCAUUAAAUCCAAUGUACACGGAACGUGAAUUAAUACACAGUUUAAAUAUUUCAAAGCCAAAAUUUAUUUUUGUCUCGGCAUUUGUUUUGCCAAUAAUGAGAAAAUUAAUUAACAAUUUAUCAUGGUCACCAAAAAUUAUUUUACUUUAUGAAAUUACAAAUUCAGGAAUUCCCAAUAUCGUUGAAUUAAUAUCAAAAGUAUCUGAUUAUUCAUUGAAAAAUUUUCAAUUACCAAAAAUCAAUAAAAAUGAGCAUGUCUCGAUAAUUGCAUGUUCCAGUGGAACAACUGGUUUACCAAAAGGCGUAAUGUUAACGGAUAAAAAUGUUUUAAUUCAAUUGAGAAGUUUUGCUGAAUCUCGUUCAUUAAAAUUGAGUGAUAAUACAAGCGUUUUAGGUUUAUUGCCAUUAUUUCACGCUUAUGGAUUAUUUGUUUCGUUUUUGAUUUUUGCAAAUGGCUCGAAAUUAAUUGUUUUGUCGCGUUUUGACGAACGUCUUUUUUUGACGGCAAUUUCAAAAUAUAAAAUUGAUUCAUUGACUCUGGUCCCACCGCUUAUGGUGUUUUUGGCUAAAAGUCCAAUUGUCGAUGAAUAUGACUUGUCAUGUGUGAAGGAAAUUGCAUGUGGAGCUGCUCCAUUGUCUAAAGAAAUUGCACAGGCUGUUCAAAAAAGGCUAAAUGUGCCAUUUAUUAAAACUGGUUAUGGAUUAACGGAAGCUACUUUAAGUGUAGUUAGUUCUUUUGAUAUUCCUAAACCAAACAGUGUUGGAAUUUUGGUUCAUGGAGUUAUUGCAAAAGUAAUUUCAUUGGAUAGCAAAUCGAACGAGCCAUUGGGUCCAUUGUGCGAGGGAGAAUUGUGUUUUAAAGGAGAAACAAUUAUGAAAGGAUAUUGCGAUGAUGAAGAAGCAACGCAUGCUACAAUCGAUGAGGACGGUUUUCUUCACACCGGUGACGUUGGAUAUUACGAUGAAGAAGGAUAUUUUUAUAUUGUCGACAGAGUAAAGGAACUUAUUAAAUAUAAAGGAUUUCAAGUGCCACCAGCUGAGCUCGAAGCCAUUUUAUUGACACAUCCAGCAAUUAAAGAUGCUGCUGUUGUUGGAUUACCCGAUGAACUUGCUGGAGAAUUGCCUCUAGCUUUUAUAGUUAAACAAUCUGGUGUUAAUGUUUCACCCGUGGAAAUAAUUCAAUACGUUAAUGAACGAGUCUCAGUUGGAAAAAAAUUACGAGGAGGAGUUCGAUUUGUUGAAGCCAUUCCAAAAAAUCCAUCUGGUAAAAUUCUACGACGAGAAUUACGAAAUUUAUUAAAAUCACGUUUGUAAGAAAAUCAAUUGUCGAUUUAAUAGUUAAUAUAUUAUUUAGUCAGUGAAUUAAUUCUUUAUACAUAUUAUAUUAGAAGAUAAACUUUUUUAUUCUGUAAUAAUACAAUUUAUUGCACAUUAUAAAAGUUUUUACUAAUUUUUUCGUUUUUCUUGUACUAUAAAAAAGGGCUACCAAAUUCUGUACUUCAAUUUAUAAUUGUAAAUUUUUUUUUUUGUGUAUUUUGUGUAAAAAUAAACUUGUUAAUUAAAAAAAGGGAA